AGUCUUUGUACUCUUGACAACGGCCCUGGAACAUUCCAGUCAUGCAUUAUGCCCAGAGACUGCGAGACCUCUGAUUGGUCCCUUUGGAGUCCGUGUUCAAAGACAUGUAGGGCAUCGGAUAUGUCGCCUGGUUUUCGAGUCAGGACUCGAAGCAUAACGCAGACUCCUAUUGGACUGGGCAAAGAAUGCACCGCUCUUGAAGAAAAGGAAGCUUGCAACAUCAUCGGGGACUUACUACCAAACUGUCCUAGGUAUGUGUGGAAGACCACAGAUUGGGGGAACUGUCAAGUGGCCCCUCUUCUCAGCCAGCUGGACAGACGGCUUAACAAUGUAAGCGUUCUCUGCGGUGGAGGGAUUCAGACCAGGCAGCUGUACUGCGUCCAGGUCCCAGACAACUCCACCCCUCAUCACAGAAAAGAGGUGUCUAGGCCAGUAAGUGGGCGUCUGUGUACAGGAGAUUUGCCUUCUGCGGUGCAGCCAUGCUCCAUACCGUGCCCACUGCUGUGCCUGCUCUCAUCCUGGUCCUCCUGGGGGGCCUGUCUCCACGACAACUGCAUGGAAACACAUGGACGAAAAGGCUACAGGCAGAGAAGAAGAGAGGUGCUGGAAGAAGGAUCAGGAACAGAGAGCUGUGCCCAUCUCCUGGAGUCAAUGCCCUGUGAGGAUCCAGUGUGCUUCCUGUGGCAGGUGCAGUCUGAGGGCGCGUGUGUGCCCACCGAAGGGAACUGUGGAAAUGGAACCAGGACUCAAACUGUGGCUUGCGUCAACUCACAAGGGCAGCUUGUUCCUGAGGAGCUGUGUGAAGAUGAGCCGCCCCCUAAAGAGGUGUCCUGUGUGAUGGCGUGUUCGGGUGACUGUGUGCUCAGCUCAUGGUCUGAUUGGUCCUCCUGCUCCCACAGCUGCUCCAGUAAAAGCUCAGAGGGCAGACAAAGCCGCACACGGACCGUAUUAGGCUUACCGGGAGAAGCUAAGACAUGUCCAGCUGCUGCUGCUCUGGAGGAGUGGAGAACUUGUAAUGAUCAUCCAUGCAUCUCCUUCUACUGGGAAGCGUCGCCAUGGGGACCAUGCAUUGAGGACUCCUCCAUGAAUCUAAAUGGCACUGGCUACUGGAACGGAACGGCCACCUGUGCAGUCGGGGUGCAGAUUCGUAAAGUGGUCUGCAUGAAAAAGGGCGUCGGGCCAGUUAUUCCCAAAAGGUGUCCAGAAUCUUCUCGACCAGACACCCUUCAACCCUGUUUACUGCCCUGUAAGAAAGAUUGCAUUGUGACCCCUUUCAGUGAAUGGACAGCCUGCCCUACCACAUGCCUGCCAGUGAACAGCAGCGUGCCCUCGCAGUCACGAUACAGGAUCAUCAUCCAGCGGGCGGCCAAUGGGGGUCAAGAGUGUCCAGAUACUUUAUAUGAGGAGAGAGAAUGUGAGGCUCUUCUGGUUUGUCCUAUUUACAGAUGGAAGACACACAGAUGGCAUCCAUGUACUCUGGUCCCAGAUUCUGUGCAGCAGGGAAUGACGGGAGCCAGUGAAUCGUGUGGUAAAGGAUUAGAGAUGAGAGGAGUGAGCUGUGUGGAUGAGUAUGAUGAGAUGGCAGCCGUGUCAGAGUGUCUCCGGUGGGCCGGUCCAAUGCCGUCACGCUUCAGGAGCUGCUGGGUGCCGUGCAGGGAUGACUGCACCUUUAGCUCCUGGUCGAAAUUCUCUGAAUGUUCUGGCUGUGGGAGCCGACGUGUCCGCAAACGCACACUAACAGGUCGGAGCCGCAAACAAGAGCGCUGUCAGCGCGAAGACUUGUACCCUCUUGUGGAGUCCGAGCCCUGUCCGUGUGAGGAGUUUGUUUCUCAGCCAUAUGGUAACUGGUCCUCUUGUAUCCUAUUGGAGACCCCGGGGCAAGGAUCCCUCCAGGGAUGGAGGGGUCGGCGACAGGUGCGUGACUGCGGUCAUGGAUUACGUUAUCGUGCCGUGGCCUGUCUGGACCACGAUGCCCACCUGGUUAGCCCAGACCUCUGCAGUGAAUCAGGUCUGGUGGAAGAGGUCUGCCACAUGCCCUGCCCUCUGGACUGCAAGCUGAGCGAGUGGUCAGCGUGGUCAGCCUGCAGCGCCUCCUGUGGCAGCGGGCUAAAAGUCAGGUCCAAAUGGCUACGGGAGAAGCCGUUCAACGGCGGGCGGCCAUGCCCCAAACUAGACCUGAAGAAUCAGGUGAGAUGUGCGGUCCCAAUAGGGAAAUAGUAUCUCUGUGGGCUU